AUGACCAGCCAACACAAACCUGUUGUCAGCUUCCUCGGCCCAGUGGCCUCAUACACCCAUCAGUCAAUGCACCGCAGUCGGGAUGUCCGUACUGACUUUCCUGGCAAAGACGUAUUUGACGAGGUCCAAAGUGGCCAGGUGCAAGCUGGUGUGGUGCCGAUUGAGAACUCCACCAAUGGUUCUGUGAGCUUCACUUUGGACAAUCUGGCUGACAGAACGAACCAAUAUCCGGAUAUCACUGUCGAUGGCGAGACAUACGUGGACGUUCACCAUUGCCUUGUUGGUCACAAGAGCCCUGUGCCAGCUGUCGAAGACAUUGCUGAAGGGUCCGGUACUUGCACCCCGACAGCGACAGACCCGUCACCUUCAAAACCGCGGUCCAGGCCCCUGGCGAGCCUCAAGCACAUUCAGCGCUUAUAUUCGCACCCCCAAGCAUUUGGCCAAUGUACGGCUUUCAUCUCCACAUAUCUCAAGGAUGUCGAGAUUUUCGAAGUCAGCUCAACUAGCAAGGCAGCUGAAAUUGUCAGUAAGGACACAACGGGUACCUGGGCCGCCAUCUCAAGCGAGCUCGCCGCUAAACUUCAUGGUCUCGAUUUUCUGGGAAAAUCGAUCGAGGACAGAGAGGACAACACGACCCGUUUCUUCGUAAUUGGUACAAAUGCUGCAGGGCCGAAGGACCUUGAAGAAACCGAAAAAGCUGUUGCUGAGAAGGGAAGCAAGUCACUCGUCUCUUUCACAGUACCUCACACAUCACCUGGGGCUUUGGCGGAUGUGCUGAGCUGCUUCCGGACAUUCGACAUCAACUUGACCAGCAUCAACACUCUACCGAGCCUUGUGAAGCCAUUCCAGUACAUUUUCUUCAUUGAAUUCGAAGGUCACAAGUAUGUCGAUCCUUCAGGCCGGGUCAACGGUGCGCUGGAAAAAAUCAGUCGUGUGGCCGAGAGUUGGAGGUGGCUUGGAAGCUGGGAGAGAUACAUAUAA